AUGGACAGAGUGUGGGGGAAAGUCAAGAAUGCGACGAAAAUAAUGUCGUCCUCGGAGGAGGAUGGCGAUUCGGAACAGUCUACUGCUGUCCAUAAGGCCAUGUUAAGGUACUAUGAAGAGCAUGGUCAGAUGCCUCCAGAGUGGUUGGCUCCUCGCAGAGCUCACCAACAUCAAGCGCAUUUGCAAUCGCAAACACAAUCACCAUCUCGAUCGCAAAAUUCUCAGCAACAAUCCUACCAACAAGCGCCUCAACCCACGCAGAAAUAUGAGCAGCCGCAAGCCGGCCGUUCAGCCAGCGCUACCAACACUGAGCCCGUUCAGCGCCGGCCACCAAUAUCAAUUGCUCAAUCGAUGGGCCAUCUCAACAUUUCCACCAGACCGACAGGUUCCACUCCGGGAAGGCAGCCGAGUGCUAACUCACGGAUGAUGGAGAAGAUGCGUUCUGGACAAUCUGCGCGGAUUGCGAGGAGGACUUGA